CGGCCUCAAAGAUACCAGCAGCUAGGAAAAUAUCCUCCUAGUUUCUGCUCCCCGGUAUCAUUACAACCGGCACAUAAUCUCACGCCCCAUUGACCGUCAGUGCGGCUUCGAAUUCAUAUCUCUAGAUGGCGACAAGGAAACGAAACGAAUGGCUUGACGCCGAAGAGAGCGAUGACGAGCAGCAGGAUUACGAUUUGGAAGACGAAAGCAGGGCGCGGAUGCUGGCAUCUUCCAAACGACAAAAAACCACGCAUGAAUCUGAGGACGAAGACGCUGAAGAUGAUCUUGAGGACGAGGACGACGAAGUCUUUGAGGAUGCAGAAGAUCAACUAAAGAAGGUCGACAGAGACGCCGAGCUUGCCCGGCUGCAGAAUCUUGCCGCAAAUCUCCCUUCCGACCUGAAACUCCAAUCCGGCAAACUCAGAAAACCUUUACCAUUGUCCGCGCAACCUAAGAAAGACAAAUCUGGCGUCGUAUACCUCUCCCGCGUCCCGCCCUUCAUGAAGCCAUCCGUCAUGCGCUCGCUCCUCACUUCCUACGGCGAGAUCGGCCGCAUAUUCCUCACGCCCGAAUCUUCUACACAGCGGCAACAGCGCCUAAAAUCUGGUGGCACAAAGCGGAAACUGUAUCUGGAUGGCUGGGUAGAGUUCCUGAGCAAAAAGGACGCCAAGUUCGUUGCCGAGAGCCUGAACGCGCAAACAAUGGGCGGCAAGAAGCGCAGCCGCUGGCACGACGAGGUGUGGAAUAUAAAGUAUUUGAGUGGGGUCAAGUGGACGCAUCUCGUGGAGCAGAUACAGAAUGAGAAUGCGGAACGAGCGGCGAGAUUGCGGUUUGAGAUUGCGCAGAGUAAGAAGGAGAAUAAGAGGUUCUUGGAGAAUGUUGAGAAGGGGAAGAUGAUUAGUGGGAUUGAGGCGAAGCGGAAACGGAAGGGGAUGGGUGAUGAUGAGGAUGAUGAUGAGGACGCAGAUGUUGUGGAGAAGACGGCGAAGAAGGAUAAGCGGAGAGUCAAGUUCGAGCAAAAUGAGGUCAGGACGAAGGCGCUGAAGAAGCCGGAGCCUGGGCAGGAUGUGCACAAGGUAUUGAGUAGUAUAUUCUGAGGCAAUGGAAUGUGGAGGAGGCAUGAUCGCACUAAUGAUAUCCA